CGAUGGCUACUAUAUCAUUCACAAUAUUUGUUUUCUGCGCGUAAGUACGCUGGUCUUUUACAACAAUUAAAUGGGAUUGAUAAGAAAUACGAAUAUAAGUGGUGCAUAAUUUUUAAGGAGCUGUUAACACUAUGGAGAAGACGAAAAUAUGUUGGGUGCUGUUCAGCAUCAUGCUCGCAAUAGGGGAUGCUUCAAAGAUCCUGGUGGUGUACCCGCUUCCCUCCAGGAGUCAUGCCAAUCUAGGAGAUGGAAUUGUCAGGAAUAUGCUGAAAGCUGGUCAUGAGGUAACAUACAUCACACCAUAUGAGUACAAGAAUGCUCCCUCGGCUCUUCGUCAGAUUGAUGUCAGUAGUCUCUUGGACCUCUUACCUAAGGACUUGAUGACGUUAAAAUCAUUGAUGGAAGGGAAAAAUAUGAGUUUACAUGCAUUGUUCAUGUCUUAUAUGAUGACUGAGAUGUCUAAGGCAAUGAUUAAAAACGAGAACGUGCAGAAGAUUUUGAGUGACCCCAACGAAAAGUUUGACUUGGUCAUAGCUGAAUGGAUGAUGAGUGAAAUACCUGCUGGAUUUGCCGCAGUUUACGACUGUCCAUUGAUUUGGAUAUCAUCUGUGGAAAUUCACUGGAUGCUUCUGCAGUACAUCGACCAGCCGUCAAACCCUGCGUUCACAGUUGACAUCAUGUCUCCAUACACUCCUCCACUGAACUUUAUUCAGAGAGCUUCGGAACUGUGGACCCAAAUAAAACAUAUGGUCCUUAAUUACUUAAUUUUGGACAGAAUUCAAGACUAUGUGUACUCAUCUUACCUAGCUCCAUUUGUUGAACAGCGAGGAAGGAAAGCACCGACGCUCCAUGAGCUCAGAUACAACGUUUCAAUGAUAUUCUCCAACGCCUAUGUAGACACUUCUAGCGCUUUAUCUUUGCCACAGAACCACAAGUAUAUUGGUGGUUACCAUAUUGACGAAAAAGUGAAACCUUUGCCAGAGGACCUGCAGAAAUUGAUGGACGGAGCUAAGAAUGGGGUGAUCUACUUCAGCAUGGGCUCAAACUUGAAGAGUGCAGACAUGCCGGACGAGCUCAAGGCUAGUCUGGUGAAGAUGUUUGGAAGCCUCAAGUACACAGUGCUGUGGAAGUUUGAAGAAGUCUUGCCGAACCUGCAUUCAAACCUUCACAUUAUUAAAUGGGCACCACAACAGUCUAUUCUUGCUCACCCGAACCUUCGCGUGUUCAUAACUCACGGUGGUCUCCUAUCAACGACUGAGGCUGUCCACUUCGGUGUUCCCAUCAUUGGUAUACCGGUCUUCGGAGACCAGUUCGUGAAUGUACACAGAGCAGAAAUCAGAGGCUUUGCGAGAAAGGUGGAUCUAUCCUACACAAUGACUGACGAGCUUAAGAAGACUAUACUUGAAGUUGUCGAUGACAAAAGGUACGCCGAGAAAGCGAAGGAGUUGGCCGUCAUUCAUCACGAUCGUCCCGUGAAGCCGGGAGACGAGCUGAUUCAUUGGGUGAAUCAUGUCCUGCGUACGCGUGGCGCCCCUCACCUUCGCUCGCCUGCGCUGGGCGUUCCGUUCUACCAGAAAAUGUUCUUGGACCUUGCCGUGGUGCUCACAAUCGUUUUAACGCUUUCAUACAUUUUGUUAAAACGUGCGUGGAGGUAUUACCGCUCCGGGAAGUCAAAAAGCUCAAAGAAGAAUAAUUAGAAAUUAGUUUGUUAUUUCUUUUGUAAGAUGUAUAAGACGUUUUUUAGUUGUUGUUAAUAUAUAAUAUAAAUGAAAAUUAAAAAAAACUAACAUA